CUUUCCAUCUUCUCCAACCCACACCACACCAUCGCACCCCUCUGCUGGCAAGAGGGGACCUGAUUCAUCCUCACACUACUCAUUCCACCUAACUGAAUAAGAGCAAAAGUGAAACUGAAACUUCUUUGCCUCAGAACUUCAUUAGCGAAUGAGAGAGCCCUCUGAACUGAUUCACAAUGUUCGUGUCACCCAGGAGAUGGAGCCGAAGGUCCUCCCCAGCCAACGGACAUUCGUAUCUGCCCUCCUCAACAUGCUGUCACUCAGCCUCUCCACAACAUCCCUGCUCAGCAAAUACUGGUUUGUGGGCACACAGAAGGUGCCCGAGCCCCUGUGCAGGAAAGGUCUGGCAACCAAAUGCUUUGAUGUGCAGAUGUCCUUGGAUGGGGGCAGUGCCAGCACACCAGCCCAGGAGGUGGUGCAAUGCAGCUGGGAGACUGGGGAUGACCACUUCUCCUUCAGCACCUUCCACAGUGGCUUGUGGCUAUCCUGUGAAGAAACCGUGGAAGAACCAGGGAAGUGCCGAAGUUCCACUGAACUCACACCACCAACCGAGAGAGGUGAGAAAGGACUACUGGAAUUUGCCACGUUGCGUCACCCCACUCUCCGAUCUGGAGGGAAGCGGUUAAUGGAGAAGGCUUUCCUCCCCCAUCUUCCCUUGGGGAUUGUGGCAAAAAUCCCGGGUGCCCAAAUCACCUGCUUUGGACUGCAGUUCGUCAGUUUCCUCCUUCUACUAAUGGACUUGCUGUUCACUGCAAACCCUGGCCGUGGGCUCAAACGGAGUACCUUUUCUGCUAUUUCCUCCACCCAGUCAGGCCUUCUGGGGAUGCUAGCCCUUAUGAUGUAUUCACAAGUUUUCCAGGCAACUGCCAACUUGAGUCCAGAAGAUUGGAGGCCUCAUGCUUGCAAUUAUGGCUGGGCCUUCUACACCUUCUGGAUUUCCUUUACCUGCUGCAUGGCAUUUACUGUCAACCACCUUCAACAAAUAACAAGGAUGGUGCUGGAGUUCAAGUGCAAGCACAGUGAGAGCUUCAAAAAACCUGAGUUGCCUACCAGUCACCACCAGCAUUUCCUUGAGCAACUGUUAUCUGCAGUCCAUCCGGGGGAGCCUUUGACCAGCUGCCACCGGUACCAAAAUCAGUCCAUCUGCUCUGUCUCUGAAGGAGUUGACUUCUACUCAGAGCUACAAAACAAGUGAUAUCCACAAGGGAACAACUAGGGGCUAAAAAAAGAGGCAACUGGGUCAUCUUUAGAGGAAGAACAGUGUUAAGAGUAAGAGGGUUUGGAGUGCAGGCUGAACCCUACCUUACAUGUCUGUUUAUCAACAUGUGCUUAAGCCAAAGUUCGUUUCUUGAGGAUGAAUUUUAGAGGCUAAAAAUAUGAGUAUCUUAAAGUACAAGUCCGUACGGGUCCAGUGGGGCACAGCUUCCUUUUCCUUUCCAGCUCUGUCUAAUGUCACCACCCCCCAUAUCUCAUUUCUGUGCAUUCAAAAUUAGCUUCUCCUUGAUUGACUGCUUGUUUUGUGCCAAGUGCUGGGCUAAGCAAUGGAGAGAAAGAGGGGUAAAACAGCGUCUCUAUUUAAGGGGCUUAUAAAUCUGGUCACUUAUCUGGGAUUUGAUGGACAAAUUAAUGGUAGUUGGAUUGUGGCUCACAAUACUAUAGGUGUAGUUGAAUUUGAGGGAAAGUGAGAAUGAAAGACAAAGGAACGACUGGGUGCUUUGCUCUCUAGGUCUGAUAUCCUCCACACUGCCCCCUACAUUAUCCUGUAUCCACAGAAUAGGUACCCAAUAAAAAAAUGUCAUUAAUAUUAUCCUAUAAGCCAUUAUGAGAGUAGUAUAACUUGAGAAGUUCCCUAGAGUAUGCAGGGACAAGUCUACUCCAAAAAAUGGCCCACAGAAACUAUUCUAGAUAAGAUUAUGCUCUUUAGUGAGAACGAACUGGAGACUUCCCCAGUGAACACAGCUAGGGCAUACACUUCUCUAUGGUUCCCUACCUUCUCCCCAUCUUUUCUGAAAGGCUUACACCCUAUUAUUUCCUCCAUAAAGAAUGCCAUCCAACCAUUCAUCCUUUCUCUUUUCCAUAAGGGAAAAUAAGCCAGCCUUGAUGGCUAAGAAGAACGAGAAUGGCACACAAGUAUGGUCUGGUACAUAAUAUUUAUUUAUUCUGUAACAUUUCACAUUUUAAAUAGUGCUUCCUGGCAAUAUACCAGCUGGCUCUUCUUUAAUAUGGGCAAUAAGGAUAGAAAUUCACAUUUAAGGGAGUUGGUGUCACAAUACCACACCAGAAGCGUGAGUAGAGACCAUUUGGGGGGGGGGGGAGGAUGUUUGAGGUGGAAGAGAAGGUUUGUAAUGGAAGAAA